AAUCAUCUUUGAAUAAUAUGACAGCUUCAAAGUUGUCAUCUUGUGUAGCUCCAAGUCUUUUUUGGCUACGUGGUUCCACAAUCUCAGCAAGAAGAAAGGAAAGAAGGAGAAAGGUUGCCAUUGUACAAUUUCUAAUUGAACAUUUCUUCAGCAUUUUUGGGGAAGACAUUACCUUCCCCGUGGAAGAAAAUGCAAUAAAUCAGGACAACUGCUCAGAAAUAUCAGUUUGUGACAUGACUCAUUUGGAAGAAAACAAAAAUGUAUGUAAAGUGAUAUAGUUCUGAAGAGUCAAUAUGAUAACAAAGCUGUAAAUUCAGGAUAUAUUUCAAGGAAGAAUGGCCUCAGGAAAUGAGUCUUCAGUGACCCAGUUUAUCCUGCUGGGAUUAACUCAACGGCUGGAACUGCAGCUGCCUCUCUUCUUCCUCUUCCUGGGAAUCUAUGUGGUCACUGUGGUGGGGAACCUGGGCUUGAUUGUUCUGAUUGGUCUGAACCCCAUGUACUACUUCCUCUGCAACCUGUCCUUCAUUGAUCUCUGCUACUCCUGUGUCAUAACCCCCAGAAUUCUGGAGAGUUUUGUGAAACAGAACAUCAUCUCCUAUGCUGAGUGCAUGGCUCAGCUCUUUUUCUUCUCUUUCUUUGUAAUUGAUGAGUGCUGUAUGUUGACAUCGAUGGCCUAUGAUAGAUAUGUAGCCAUCUGUAAGCCCCUGCUGUACAAGAUCACCAUGUCUCCUCAGGUCUGCCUCAUGCUGACGGUGUGUGCAUAUGUCAUGGGUUUUGUGGGUGCCAUGGCUCACACUGGAUGCAUGCUGAGACUCAACUUCUGUGAUGGCAACAUCAUCAAUCAUUACUUGUGUGACAUCCCUCCUCUCCUCCAGCUCUCCUGCACAAGCACUUUUAUCAAUGAAUUGGUUAUUUUUAUUGUGGUGGGCAUCAACAUAACAGUGCCCAGUCUUACUCUCUUCAUUUAUUAUACUCAGAUCCUCUCCAGCAUUUUGUGCAUCCAUUCUACCAAUGCCAGGUCAAAAGCUUUGAGAACCUGCAGCUCCCACAUAAUCACUGUUUGUCUUUUCUUUGGAUCUGCAUCUUUUAUGUAUUUUAAGCCUUUUCCUGCUUGGUCUUUGGCUCAAGAUAAAGUAUCCAUUAUUUUUUACGCCAUUGGGCCAAUGAUGAAUCCUUUCAUCUAUAGUCUGAGAAACAAAGAUGUUCAUGUUGCAUUGAGUAAGACUUUGAAGAAUAGCAUACUUUCCUGACUUGGAGCAGUCUCUGUUAUAGAUGCCAAUUCCUAGUAAAAAGCACAUGAUAUGUAAAUCCAUGGAAAGAAGGGUAAGAAAUCAAGAUCAAAUGGUAAUAUUUGGAAAAGAGGUAAAUUAAUUUAAUUACAUAGAUCACUUCAUGAGUCAAGACAAUGGAUGCAAGUGGAGUAUCAGACCUUCAACAUUUCAGAGAGCCUGGAGAACUUUUCAUUCUGUUAUUCUCAGGAAAAAAUGUAGUAAUGAUAUUACUGUAAGAGGAAAAAGUUGAAUGAUGUUAACUCCAUAAAUGGUAAGACUGAAUUUUUAGACUCUGACACAUCUAGGAUUUCUGUGCAACUUUGUCAUGGAGAUAUUAACUUCUGUGAAUCUAGAUUCAUUCACUUAUUCAUAAGUUGAACAACAUUCUGUGUAAUGUUUUGGAGGCUUUUGUCUUGGGAGAUUGCUUUGUUUCCAUUAAGGGAGAAGUGUGAUACUCUUCACACUCUGGUCUCUGGUCCACUUUCAUUGUCAUCUCAAGGGAUGGUAAGACUUGGAAGGUUUCUGUCUUGUUCUGGUUAAAGAUAGGAAGCAAAAAUGAUCUUUUAGAAUAUCUAGAUAAAGAAGACCUCCACUGUGUUUAAACACUUGGACUUCAGGGCAGGUGGUUACUGGAACAUGCUAUGAGUUCAUUGGGAAUAAUUUUACUAUAAAUAUUUACUAACUGUUAGUGCAGAAAUUUUUCCUCUCUCCAAACAGAUUUUAAAAUCUUAAACCAUUAUCUGUCAGCAAUUUCUCUUUAUUAUCUUCAUUUUCCCUUUUAUGGAGGAGACUUACAUGGUAUAAAUAAUGACAUGUUCAUCAGCAGAUAUUAGCUGAGCAUCUGCGUUGUAACAGGUUGUUUUUAAAAUUCAAAGAUCUAGUAGUGAAGAUCACAAAACAUCUAUGCUCUCAGAGGGCUAACUGUUUAUAGCAAGGUAGAAUAGGUUGCAGGUGUUCAGAAGGAGACAUGAUGAGUGAGCAGAUACCUGCGAACAUAUCAUGGAAAUGUUAUGCAGAAUGAUAUAUUAAGGUAAUGAUACAGAGAGUACCCGUGAGUUGUACUUUAGAUGGGGUCAUCAGGCCUUCCUGGUGAAGUGAGAUUCUUGUCAGCAGCUCAUAGUGGUAUUUUUUUUUCUUUUUCUUUAAAAAAUCCAUCUAGUCACUCUAGGUUAUUUUUAUUUAUUAAAAAGGCCAAGAAUAAAGUAGAAGAAAAUAUUUGUGGCUAACAUCUUAUAAAGUUUACACUCAGAAUACCUAAAGUAAUACCCAAAUUCAAUAAUAGGAAAGCAAACAACUUAAAUAAAAAUGUACAAAAUUUGAGAAGUUACUUCAUAAGAGUCAAGUGGAUGGUAAAUUGCUUGAAAAAAAUGCUCCAUGUUAUUAGUCAUUAGGGAAAUAAAUAUUAGGGCAAUAAAAUUUACUCCCCAAAUGUCUGCAAUAGCCAGAAGCCUGGAAUUCAAUCUGAGUCUCCCAUGUAGGUUACAAUGACUCAAGUACUGUGCCAUCACUGCUAUCUUCCAUUGUAUGCCAUAGUACAAAGCUGGAAUUGCAAUAAAAUGCUUGCUGUUCACUAUUCAGUCUUUUCUGAUUUGCUUUUCAAUUCUUUCUUGAGGCAAAGUCAAGGACCUGGGUGCUGGGCAGCUCUCACUGUCUGGCACCAUCUUCCAGGGCAAGCCAUCCAAAAGGCUACAGUCAACUAAGAGACAAUGGAGCCUAAUCCAGCUAAAUUUGAGACACCCACACCUCAUUCAAUCCUCUCUCAUGAAUUGGCCUGACUGCCUGACUACUGAUGACUACUAUCUUUUUUCCUUCUCUUUUAUGGUACUCAGUGGGGCCCCAAAUCUUUCACUGUGGGUGCUAGAUUCUGGGAGGGUUCUCCAAAGGCUGGAAUUAUACUCUAGACAGAUACUCUAGGACACUUGAGUAGAUCUGAUUUUUCAGUGACUUCCUUUAGAGCUAUAAUCUCAUUCCCAUCCAGGAACCUUAGCUGCCUUAUAUCCUAGGGUGGUGAGAGUGCAUACUCUACACUGUACUGAUUAAAGCAAUCCUAGUCAAAGCCUAAUGUCAAUCUUGGAUGCACUAGUAGGGCACAUGCCCAUGCUGUGCAGGUUGACUAGGAUCUAUCUCUUUUUCAUUUGUUCCUCCUUGUUCAGGUCAUGGCUAUAUCUGACUGUCAGUCCUGGCUUAUAUGAAUCUUUCUGCUUUCUUCACUCUGUUCCUCUCCCUAGUUUCCAAACCACUGUUGCCUCUGUAAGGAUGAUCAAAUGGCUCUAUACUUAUCCAAUGACUUCAGGCAGGACUUUCUUCCUCUUUCCUCCUUUGGGGCCCUCAAAUGCAUUCUCCACUACACUGGGGAGGGCCACUUAAUUGGAAACUCUAAGGAAACUUCUAUUCUUUCAUAUUUCUACCACUUCCAAAAUCUUUGGAAACAUAACUGCCCCUUGCUCAGUCUUCUUACUCUUUUUACCUCUGAGAAACUCUUAAGAAGGGCAUAGAAAACUCCAGACACAUAAACUGCAGCCCUCACUCCUGGGGAUAAAUUACAAUUAUUGAAACAGCAGCAGCUUUUCCACAAUCCAUUUCUCUAUCACUUCUUUGAUUUGCCUCUUAAGCCUGAGCAAAUAUUUCAGGCUGUAGAUAUUGCAAAUCACUAUUGCCCAAUCACUUCUCUAUGCUAUUUUCUAUUAGGAAUUUUUCUUUGAAGUUGUCCUCCACAAAUACCAUCCUCUCGUCUUCUGUCUCUUUAAACAUGCUUUCUGUGUUGUGGCUUUGGGUGCCACUUUUCAAUACCCCCUCUUGCACCUAUCUAGAGUUUAGGAAUAAGUGCUAUGCACUUCUUUGUAGUCUUCGCAGGAACUGACAAUACUAUUGUUGUUGAUUCUUUAAGAAAGAGAGGUACCUGUGGCAGAGGAUAUAAAGCAACUGAGACUACAUCAAAGAGAAAAUAAACCUAGCAUCAAGUAAGAGAUAGAACCAAAAACAGAGAACUCUAUCCCUAGGGACUCCACAUUAGGGUGCAUCUUGGCUGAAUGGGACAAAUUUAAAUUGGAAAGUCUAAAGAAAAAGAGGCUCCUUUUUCAAUAACAGUAGCCUGGCCUGGAUGCAAGCUGGAGGACCAGGAAUACUUGCCCAAUAAAUGAGUGCACUAGCUAUAAUACUAUUCUCCAAUUGGAUCAGUUUUGUAAGAGAGGAGGGAAAUGGGCAGAGCUUCCAAAUAAGCCUUUAUGGCCCUAUAUCAGGAUCCUGACCCAAACAAGCAUGUAGGGUUUGUCUGGCUCCCAUCAAGUUUCCCCUUUUUAAGCAGGAGCCUGAUUAGUUAGAUAAUUCUUUACCAUGUGCUCCUCCAAUGAGGUCCACUUACUUUCCCAUUUCUUCUUCACCCUGACCUCUAGAGCAGGAGGAUCCUAUACUUCUUCUUUCCUGGGUUGUUUCCUCAUUCAACUGGGUACUCUUUUUUCUUCUCCUUUUAGAGGUCUUUUCCACCCCUACCUUCAGUACCCUCCAGUCAGGAUGAUGAGAGUCCUAAGUCCAGCAAAUACUUGCAGUGAGCCAUGAUAUAAAAAGUCUGAAAGAAACCUCCUCCCUCUGAGAGAGGUCUCCAAUGCGGACAGAGAUAACAUCAAGGCCCACAUUCUUUCUCUAUGUCUUAUAUCUCCUUAAGCAAGGAAAAGCCUGUAUGAUUUUUUGAGAACCAAUAAAAAAUCAUGCAAGAAUUUACUUGAGUUACUAUGACUUACAACCUGACUUGGCAAGACAGAGAGGUCCUACUGUCUAUGAGUUAAAACACACAGUGGAGGAAAAGUGAAGGGUAGCUGUUGGGGCUGCCUAAGGUCAAGUGAAAUAGGGCAGCACCCAGGUGGGAUUCAUGGCCCUCCCCAUAACUGUUCCUGGUUGAAAUUACCAGAUGGGAUCUCCUUAUCUGGACAAUAGGAAUUACUUCAUAACUUACCUCUUAGUGGGAAUGAAAAAAAGGUGUAGUAAAACCAAUAAACUACAGGGAGUAUUGGUUGAAGACUUUAGAAACUACAAUAAUGACAUGUAAUUAUGCCAGGAUGGUCAAGUACUGGGCACUCACUUCACUAGUGAGUCCACACCUGAUAAUAGGUGAAAAUUACAAAAUGGCCAGACCAUGGAUCUGAGCCCUAAUGGUCUUUAGAUAGCACUAAAUCAAAUGGUAAACACAGUGCUUGGAGAUAAGGUAGGACUGAAAUGGGACUGAGGAGGAAAACUGGGAUCACAGGAGGAGAGAUGCAAGGCCAGACUUCUUAUGGUACACAGCUUAACUGUCACCCAGGAGACACCCAGGCCAAGAGAAGUUUGGAGGCAUGGGAUCUGGGCAAUAGGUAUUAGAGCCACCAUUCUCUGGUACCAAAUAUUAGCAUUGUAAGGUAGAGGGCCAUUGGAUAAAGAACUAUCCUUGCUUGCAUGGAAGAGGGAAGCUUCCUGGGCCUUGCCGUCUGUGCCAACAGGAAGGGCACUAGAGAUGAGAUUGCCUGGAGUCCUGAAUAUGGCAUGGAUCGGCCUGUACCUUGUGGCGGAGACUGCUGAGGACUCAAGAGGCCCAAAGACACCCACUGGCUUCAGUGGAAUAUUUGACCUUCCCUGCUGAGGUGCCUAAAGUGAUCCUUGACAUGACAGGUUGAUGAUUGAAAUCUUAUUAGACAUGGGAGUGGCUUGCUCUGUCCUAGUUGACUUCUCUGGACCCUUGACAUGUCAGUCUUGCACCAAUACUGGAGUAGAUGGGAAGAAAAGGCCAAAAAAGUUACUUCUCUCUAUAGCUGUGCAAUGGGAUACUUGACAGUUUCUCAUAGUUUACUCAUAGAAUCAGAAUGCCCAAUAUCCCUCUUAGGGAGACAUCUAUUGAGUAAAUAAGGAACCAUUAUCCAGAUGAUCUCCUCAUCUGUAAUCCUAUUAGAAAACUGAUGAAAAUGCCAUAAGGAUGUUAAAUUUCCUGGGAGAACAUGGCUGUUGCUUUUUCUGUGAAAAUCCAAAUCUUAUCACAAGAGAUAAAAUAUCCAGGACAUACAAUUGCUCCCUGAAGAUGGGAUUUGACAAUUGACUACAUGGAGGCAAUCUCUCAGUGCUGCCACACUUAACAGGUAGGCAACUCAGGACAUUGGUAGGAAUGACAAGCUUUUGAAGAAAAUGUGGAUUCCUAGAUUUGAGGACAUAGUGAAGCUCUUAUAUGAGCCUUAAAUAAACAGAAUAGGAGCCCCUGGAAUGGACUGGGGGAUUCCAGAGAACAUUCUAGAACUGAAGUAAAAACUAAAACUGCUCUUGCCCUACAGCUCCCCAGUGUAGAAAAGUCAUUUUCUCAGUACAUAGAGGAAAGGAAGGGACUAGCCUUAGGUAUCCAUAGUCAGAAAUUGGGGACUUAGCCAGUGGUCCACUGUAAACAGCCAGAUUAUGUGGCAGCAGGAUGUCCAGAAUACCUGAGGACUGUAGCUGCUACUGUUACAGUGGUUGAAGCAAUAUCCAAAUCAACUCUUUUUUUUUUGACAGGCAGAGUGGACAGUGAGAGAGAGAGACAGAGAGAAAGGUCUUCCUUUGCUGUUGGUUCACCCUCCAGUGGCCGCCGCGGCCAGCGCGCUGUGGCCGGUGCACCGAACUGAUCCGAUGGCAGGAGCCAGGUACUUAUCCUGGUCUCCCAUGGGGUGCAGGGCCCAAGCACUUGGGCUAUCCUCCACUGCACUCCCGGGCCACAGCAGAGAGCUGGCCUGGAAGAGGGGCAACCGGGACAGAAUCUGGUGCCCCAACCGGGACUAGAACCCAGUGUGCCGGUGCCACAAGGUGGAGGAUUAGCCUAGUGAGCCGCGGCGCCAGCCCCAAAUCAACUCUUGAGGAACUAUCCCUCAUCAAAUACAGGGGGUCCUUGAUGCUAAAUGUUAUCAAUGGCUAACUAGAGGUUAACUCUUUUUCUCUUAAGAUUUAUUUGUUUAUGCAUUUGAAAGGAAGAGUGACAAAGGGGGGAGGGAAGGACAUACACACACACAAACACACAGAGCACUUCUACCCACUGGUUUAUUUUCCAAAUGGCUGCAACAGCCUGGUCAAAUUGAGGAACCAGGAACUCCAUCUGGGUCUCUCACAUGGGUGGCAGGGACCCAAGAUUUUGGGCCAUCUCCUGCUGCUUUCCCAGUUGCAUUAUUAGGAAGCUGGAGUUAGAAAUGUGUCAGGGGAUUCCAAUUCAAUCCCAUCAUGGUGGCAUGUACCAAUGCCAUCUCACUAGUCCAAGUGAUCAAUUUCAGUUCACAAUUGAUCAUACUACUAGGUCUAAGAGUCAAAGGGAUCACAUAAACAAGACUAGUGUCUGCUAAUACUAACUAAUAGAAUAAAAAAGGGAGAGAACAAUCCAACAUGGGAAGCGGGAUACACAGCAGACUCAUAGAAUGGCAGAUGUCCUAAACAGCACUCUGGCCUCAGAAUCAGCCCUUAAGGCUUUCGGAUCUGUCUUGGCAUGGAAAGUCAAGACACUGGCAAACAAAACAAAACAAAACAAAAAAAAAAAGGAAAAAAACCUAAAUAAAAGAUCUCUGCAAGUGAGAUCCCAGUGGAAAGAAUGGACCAUCAAAGAAGGAGGUACCUUUCUUUGAAGGGAGGAGAGAACUUCCACUUUGACUAUGACCUUGUCUAAAAAAGAUUGAAGUCGGCAAACUCAAAAGGCUUCCAUAGCCUUGGCAGCUCAUGACAAGAGCCUAGGGUGAUUACUGAGGCCCUAAACAAGAGUGUCAAUUGUUAAGUCAACAACAGGAGUCACUGUGCACUUACUCCUCAUGUAGGAUCUCUGUCCUUAAUGUGUUGUGCAAUGUGAAUUAAUGCUAUAACUAGUACUCAAACAAUACUUUACACUUUGUGUUUCUGUGUGGGUGCAAACUGAUGAAAUCUUUACUUAAUAUAUACUAAACUGAUCUUUGUAUAUAAAGAGGAUUGAAAAUGAAUCUUGAUGUGAAUGGAAUGGGAGAGGGAGUGGAA